UCGCCACUCUUCUUCUCCGUGCUGGCGCUGUAAUUGUUCUUCUCAAAACGACGCCGAAUUGUUCAACUCCGGCCGGUAACAGCCGUCUCGGAACUAACCUCCCAGCCACCGCAUUCUCUACACAUUCCCGUUUUUUCUCACGUGCGACGACGCCCUCCGCUCUCUGUUAACGAAACCAUUCUCUCUUCCCCAGCGGAACUAAACCCUAGAAAUUUCUGUGUCGCUCAGUGAAAAUGGGGAGCGAGAGCAAUUUGAAGACGUGGGUUUCCGAUAGGCUGAUGACUUUGCUCGGUUAUUCUCAGCCGGCUGUUGUUCAGUACAUUAUUGGAUUGACUAAACAAGCAAAGUCUCCAGCUGAUGUGGUGGAGAAGCUUUUAGAUUCGGGGUGGUCCUCCUCGACUGAUACACGUGAAUUUGCUGAAGAAGUAUUCUCCAGAGUGCCCCACAAAUCAUCCGGACCGAAUGUUUAUCAGAAACAAGAGAGGGAGGCUGCAAUGCUGGUGAGAAAGCAGAAGACAUAUGCUCUAUUGGAUGCAGAUGAUGAAGACGACGAUGAUGGUGAUAAGUCUUCUGUUCCAGUAGUUUCUGAGUCCAGGAAAAGUGAUUCCCAUAAGAAACGGUUCAGGAGGAAGGCCUCGAGUCAAGACAAUGAAGAUGAUGAGGUGAUUGUACACCAGGAAGAAGUGAGGCGGGUCAAAAGACGAACUUCCCCAGAUGAAGAUGAUGGUUCAGAGUCCGAAGAAGAAAGAUUGCGUGAUCAAAGAGAGCGGGAGCAAUUAGAGCGCAAUAUAAGGGAGAGGGACACAGCAGCUACACGAAAGUUAACAGAGAGAAAGUUAUCAAAAAAAGAGGAAGAGGAGGCUAUUCGGAGAAACAAGGCUUCAGAGCGAAAUGAAACUGAAGAUUUAAGACUAGUUUCAAGACAAGAAUAUUUAAAGAAAAGACAGCAGAAGAAACUGGAGGAAAUCAGAGAUGAAAUAGAAGAUGAGCAAUACUUAUUUGAGCACGUGAAGCUCACUGAAUUGGAACGUCGUGAAUUAAGUUACAAGAAGCAAAUACUUGAGGCUGUAACGAAGCGGGCAGUUGAGGACGAGAAUCAAAAUGAGUACAGGAUUCCUGAUGCCUAUGAUGUGGAGGGGGGUGUCAAUCAGGAGAAGAGAUUUUCUGUGGCCAUGCAACGCUACAGGGACCUGGCUGGGGAUAAAAUGAAUCCAUUUGCAGAACAGGAAGCUUGGGAGGAUCACCAAAUUGGAAAGGCAACACUGCAGUAUGGUUCAAAAAAUAAAAAGCGAUCUGAUGAGUAUCAAUAUGUAUUUGAGGACCAGAUUGAUUUCAUCAAGGCAUCAGUAAUGGAUGGUGACCAGUUUGAGGAUGGGCAACCGGCGGAUUUACUUGAGUCGAGAGCGAAAUCAGAGUUGGAGAAGCUCCAGGAGGACAGAAAAACAUUACCCAUCUACUCCUAUCGUGAUGAGUUGCUCAAAGCUGUUGAUAACCAUCAGGUUCUUGUUAUUGUUGGUGAAACCGGUUCUGGGAAAACUACGCAAAUACCCCAGUAUCUUCACGAGGCCGGAUACACAAAACGUGGAAAGAUUGGGUGCACACAGCCACGACGAGUUGCGGCUAUGAGUGUUGCUGCAAGGGUUUCUCAAGAAAUGGGUGUGAAACUUGGGCAUGAGGUAGGUUAUUCCAUUCGUUUCGAGGAUUGCACAUCGGAAAAGACGGUUUUGAAAUAUAUGACAGAUGGGAUGUUGUUGCGAGAAUUCCUUGGUGAACCAGAUCUGGCAGGCUACAGUGUGGUUAUGGUGGAUGAGGCCCAUGAGAGAACACUUUCAACUGAUAUUCUAUUUGGAUUAGUAAAGGAUAUUGCUCGAUUUCGACCUGAUCUUAAACUACUUAUCUCAAGUGCAACACUUGAUGCUGAGAAGUUCAGUGAUUAUUUUGAUUCUGCUCCAAUUUUCAAAAUUCCGGGGAGGCGUUAUCCUGUUGAAAUAAAUUACACAAAAGCACCAGAAGCUGAUUACUUGGAUGCAGCAAUUGUUACUGCACUGCAAAUCCAUGUGACAGAAGCACCUGGAGAUAUAUUAGUGUUCCUUACAGGUCAAGAAGAAAUUGAAACAGCGGAAGAAAUAUUGAAGCACAGAACAAGGGGCUUAGGGACAAAAAUUGCUGAGCUUAUUAUUUGUCCCAUAUAUGCAAACCUACCUACUGAGCUACAAUCCAAAAUUUUUGAGCCCACACCUGAAGGGGCAAGGAAAGUUGUCCUCGCGACAAAUAUAGCUGAAACUUCACUAACUAUUGAUGGGAUCAAAUAUGUUAUUGACCCAGGGUUUUGCAAGAUGAAGUCAUAUAAUCCAAGGACUGGGAUGGAGUCGUUGCUGGUCGCUCCCAUCUCAAAGGCAUCGGCCAAUCAGAGGGCAGGUCGAUCUGGGAGAACGGGUCCCGGAAAGUGCUACCGGCUAUAUACCAUGUUCAAUUACCAAACUGAGUUAGAAGAUAACACGGUACCAGAAAUACAAAGGACUAACCUUGCAAAUGUUGUGCUCAUGCUGAAAAGCCUUGGUAUCCAUGACCUAUUACAUUUUGAUUUUAUGGACCCGCCACCAUCAGAGGCAUUACUGAAAGCCUUGGAACUGUUAUUUGCACUAAGUGCAUUAAAUAAAGUGGGUGAGUUGACUAAAGUUGGUAGACGGAUGGCCGAGUUUCCUCUUGAUCCUAUGCUAUCUAAGAUGAUAGUUGCUUCUGAUAAGUACAAGUGUUCAGACGAGAUCAUUUCCAUUGCUUCCAUGCUUUCCAUUGGUAAUUCAAUAUUUUACCGUCCAAAGGACAAACAAGUCCAUGCUGACAAUGCACGGUUGAAUUUUCACACUGGGAAUGUGGGAGAUCACAUCGCAUUGCUCAAGGUUUUUAAUUCAUGGAAAGAGACCAAUUUCUCAACACAAUGGUGUUACGAGAAUUAUAUACAGGUCAGGAGUAUGAAGCGCGCUAGAGAUAUUAGAGACCAGCUCGAGGGACUCUUGGAGAGGGUCGAGAUUGAGCAGGUCUCAAAUCUUGAUUUUGAAGUUAUAAAGAAGGCCAUUACAUCCGGCUUUUUCCCUCAUUCCGCAAGACUGCAAAAGAGUGGAGCUUAUAGAACGGUCAAACAUCCGCAGACUGUCCACAUACACCCCAGCUCAGGGCUUUCUCAGGUGCUUCCAAGAUGGGUUAUAUACCAUGAGUUGGUGCUUACAACCAAGGAAUAUAUGAGACAGGUAACGGAACUGAAGCCAGAGUGGUUGGUGGAAAUAGCUCCGCAUUAUUACCAGCUAAAGGAUGUUGAAGAUUCAGUGUCAAAGAAAAUGCCUCGUGGAGAAGGGCUCGCAUCAUAGGAUUGGAACUUACGACAAAAAUUGUAUAUCGGAAUGGUGGAUUGGUAUGGUAGAGCGAAAGAAGCCUGCAAAUACGUUUAUGUAUACAUGAACUACAUAAUUAAGUAUAGUUGUCACCCUUAAGACUUGGGGAUUUUGCAAAAGAAUCUGAGUUCAUCUUUUAGAGUAGGGUUUAGUUCGAGAUAGAGAUCGUUACCAUAUCAUAUGUACACACUCAAGGACUACUAAAUACUUCAUUAAUCCUUGGCUUAGCAGAGGGUACUGUUCUUGGAAUGAAAUUGAGCUCGGCUAUUGUACAGUGAUUUUCAACCUAAAGUUAUUCAGUUUUACAUGUGUUUUCAA